UGACCCUCAAAAACAAUUGAAAUUUUUAUCGAAACUAUUUUUAUUAAAUUUUAAGUAAAUUAAGGCAUAAAAGUCCAUUUUAGUGAUAAGAUUGAUAGCAUAAGUGUAUGCAGUAUAGAUACAUAGACGAAUUAAGGCGUUUUGAAGUAGAUAAUUUAUUCAAAUAGUCGAAAAACAAUCAAAUUUGAAAAUAAAAAAAUAAAUAAAAUUAAGUCAUGGAUUCAGAUUUAAAUGAUUAUGUUUCUCCAUCACAAAGCUCACCAUCCAUGUCCACUAAUGCGAGUCAAGGCAAAACAACAGCCGAGAAUGCGGCAAUGCUAUUAACAAAGCCAAGACUGCAAGAGCUAGUCAGGGAAGUGGAUCCAAAUGAGCAGCUCGACGAAGAGGUAGAAGACUGUCUGUUACAAAUAGCUGAUGAGUUUGUGGAGAAUGUAAUAAAUGGAUCAUGUCUAUUAGCUAAGCAUCGUAUACAAAACGGACAACCAAAUCGAGAGAACAAGGUAGAAAUUAAGGAUGUUCAGCUUUAUCUUGAACGAAACUGGAAUUUAUGGAUACCUGGAUUCGGAACUGAAGAAUUGAGACCAUACAAGAGAACAACUGUGACGGAAGCGCAUAAACAACGACAAGCAUUGAUAAGAAAGGCACUGAAGAAGUAUUAAGGAUGUGCUGCUUCUGC